AUGCGUGUCAGUAUAACUUACAUCAUCGUGGAUUCGAUGGCAAUGGCCGAGACCAUGCGCUAUAAGCUCAGCAUCGCCGGCGACUACUUCCCUGACCAUCCCUGUCCACCAGACUCAACUUCGCCGACAAUGACACAAGCUACCUGGAUUCGUUCUAUCGGCUGGUCUCUCACGAUUUUUGUGCUGGCGAGAUGGUUCUCCUACUAUCGGCGAGCACCAAAGGUGCUCGCCGUAGGGUUUUGGCCUGUUCCGUAUCUGGGAUCAUGGGUGGCAGCAAUCAAAUUCAUGCUGUGGCCUGUCGAUAUGGUGAAGGAGGGUAUCAAGAAGUCUAAGAAUGGCAUCUUUCGAAUCGCCACUCUCAACGACGAAUUUGUCCUCGUGACCACGAAAGACAAAGUGGCUGAAUACUUGAAGGCGUCCGACAGUGUGCUCAGUAUGCAGGACGGGGCAAACGACCAACAGCAGAUUCCAUUCACCAUGGGCUUCGGAGUAGCAUACAGAACCUACCACAACAUUGUGGUACGGAAGAAAAUCACACCAUCAAUUCCGGCGUUUACACCGAUCAUGGUCGACGAGAUAUCGGCUGCUCUGACCCAAGAGAUUGGCACGCCGCAAGAUUACAAGCCCAUCACAUUUUACAGGGCCAUUGCCAUGACAGUGGCACGCACCAGUAACAGAGUUUAUGUUGGUAAGAGCUUGGCGACCCACGAGGCAUACCUUCAGAACGCAACGGACUACGCGCAAGCGGUAGUUGUGUCCGCGGAGAUACUUCGCUUGGUACCCCAUUGGCUCAAGAGUACGGUGGUCAAGUUUCUCCCAGUCACGACAUGUAUGAAGAAGGCUGUAGCGUACCUUGGGCCUCAGGUCGAGGAGCGCUUGAGUCGCAAAGACUCGAACCGCAAUAGAGAAGAUGAUCUACUGCAAUGGCUGCUCGAUGAGGCGCCUCCAAUCGAAAAGACUGUGUACCAGCUCGUAGAGCGAGUGAUGGCACUAAACGUCGCCUCCAUCCACACAACGACUAUGACAUUCACGGCAGCUAUCUACAGUUUGGCGCUAGAGCCAGAAAAGUACAUGGACACUUUGCGAGACGAAGUGAUCAACAGUUUAGAGGACGGCAAAAUUAGCUUCGGCUCUAUCCAGAAGCUUGUCCACGUGGACAGCUUCCUGAGAGAAUCUGCCCGAUACAACGUCGCUGGCUUGAUGGCAAUGCAGAGAAAUGCAAAGCAGAGCUUUACGUUUUCAGAUGGCACUGUCAUUCCGGCAGGUGCCAAGGUCGGUGCGCCCACUCUGAUCCUACAGCGCGAUGCGAGUUCAUAUGAGAAUCCCCAGGACUUCGAAGGGUUCCGGUUCGUCAGUACUCGCGACGGUCAACCAGAGCUAUCGAAAAGCAUGGUAACCACUGGCACAGACUACCAUCUGUAUGGGCACGGGAGACAUCCUUGUCCUGGAAGGUUCUUCGCUACGCACGAGAUGAAGAUCCUCUUCGCAACACUUCUGCUGAGAUAUGACUUCAAAUUAAAGUCUGGAGCGAAACCGCAAGAGAUUCGGAUCGGGACAAUGGCAAUUCCAGACACGACACUGGAGGUCCUGUUCAAGGCAGUGCCAUCGUUGAAAACCGCAACGAAGUUGACGGCCUGA